UUUUGUAACUAUUCAUUACAUCUAUAAAAGAAAAUUGCAUAAUUGAAGAACUGUAAUUUAUGAGGAUAUAUUUCAUACUAGUAAUCAUGAAAUUCGAAUAUCAUUUUAACAGGUCAGAAUCCGGUAAAGAAGUCAUUACCGUUAAAGAUGUUGAGAAAUCCAGACUUUAUUCUCUACAUAGCAUCGUCAUUUAUCAUAUUUGCUGUUGCUUAUGUCCCAGCAACUUUUUUGCCAGAUCUGAUGCAUGAAUUUAAGAAGAGUCCAAAAGAAGUGUAUAUCUGUUUGAUGACAAUGGGAUUAUGUGAUCUAGUUGGGCGGUUGUUGUUUGGAGCUUUUGUGCAUAAGAUGCCUCGUUAUAUGCCUUUUAUUCACAGUGCCGGAGUAAUGCUACUUUCUUUGUCAUCGGGUCUGAUAAUUUUGUCUAGAUCUUUCGGAACCUUUCUCAUAAUGUCAGGAAUCCUUGGUUUAGGAUUAGGUUGUUAUGCUGGAAUGCACUUUCUUAUGGCAACACUUUUACUUCCUUUGGAUGAUGUUAGAUUCGGGUAUGGUAUUGCUCUAACCUUUGGAGGAAUAGCUCUUGUAACUGGAAUGCCCCUUGCAGGUUUUGUCACAGACUCGGUAAAAUCAGAGAUAGGUGCGUUCAUUUUCUCCAGCGUUCUGUUUUUCAUUGGCUGUUUCCUGGAAUGUAUUAUAGGCAUAAGGGAAAUAUUUUGGAAAACGUCUACAGAAGUUAAAUCACGAUACAAUAGUGCAACUACUGAUAGUGAUAUCAAAAUACAAAAAGAUGUGACUGUUAUUAACAGUGUUGAUAUUGAAACAACAUAUAUGUAAUAUAAGGAUAAAGCCUAUAUAAAUUCUGGUUUUUAUCCACUUUUGUUCAAUACAUGCCAGAAACUUUGUUGUUUGUUUCUGUCCUAUUGAUUGUCAUCGUUUUUUGUUGUUCUUUUAAUAUUGACUUGAUUACAAUUGGUAACUGUUUUGUUUCUAUUCUCAUUCUAUAAUGGUAUAAGUCUAUAUGUCUCCCUUGCAUUCAAUAUUAUAUUUUCGUCCGAGAUUUGCAGCAGUGAGAUUCAGUGUUAUGGAAAAGGUAAAAAGUCACUUCAUGAAACGUAGGCUAAAACUUUUAAAAGGCAAACAGUCAGUUCAUGAAACGUAGGCUAAAACUUUUAAAAGGCAAACAGGCAGUUCAUGAAACGUAGGCUAAAACUUUUAAAAGACAAACAGUCAGUUCAUGAAACGUAGGCUAAAACUUUUAAAAGGCAACAGUCAGUUCAUGACACGUAGGCUAAAACUUUUAAAAGGCAACAGUCAGUUCAUGAAAUGUAGACUAAUAUUUUGUGUUUCUAUUUUAUUUUUCUCAUAUUCAACCGUAAUUUUAUAAAAUCAUGCAGUCUUAUAUGGAGCUCUAUAUUAUACAAAUAUUGACCGGUGCUGUCAAUAUGUUAUCCCCCGGUGAAUAACACAUCACAUUAAAUGACUCACUAGUCAGUAAUUGUUUUAUUAUAUGAAUAGGCUAAAAUCAAAUUGUAGAAAAAAUACAAAAAAUAUAACCUUAUACAACGUUUGUUGCAUCC